AUGGCCCUGAAAACCGGUGAGCCUCUGUCCAGUGCUGCUCAGAAGCUGAUGCAGCUUGAGGACAAGUACUCUGUGGGCGGUUUUGCACCCACGCCAGGAUUCCUUGUGUCAGGAAAAGGCUCUACGCUUAUGGAUGUCGAUGGCAAAGAAAUCAUUGACUUUGUCACGAUGUUCAGCGCAACCAACAUUGGACAUGGCCACCUAAAAUUGAUUGAGGCUGUUGUUGAUUGCAUGCGGAACGCUACUCUGAUCAAUAUGUCUACUUAUUUUGCUGGAUGGCUAGAGCUAGCUAAAGAGCUUUGCGAGCGAUUCGGCUACGAUAAAGUCACUGCUAUGGUUUCUGGCGCUGAGGCAGCUGACACUGCUUGCAAGAUUGCUCGCAAGUGGGGGAUAACGCACAGGAAGAUCCCAGCGGAAGAAGUCAUUGUUCUUGGAACCUCGGACAACUACCAUGGCCUAACCUCGGGCAUCUGGCCCAUCAUGAAUCCAGGCAAUCAGGCAGGCUACGAUGCCUUCAACAAGAACUUGACUGACCGUCACCCCCGAACGGGUGAACUGCUUCGCUACGGAUAUGUUGAAGACUUUGAUGCUGUCUUUAGCGAGUUUCACGGCCGUAUUGCCGGUGUGAUUAUGGAGUGUAUCCAUGGAAAGCUCCCAACAUUUCAAGAGGAGAUUGACUUUGCCAUUGGAGUUCGCCAGUUGUGCAAAAGAUACAACAUCCUCUUCAUCUCUAAUGAGAUCCGAAUGGGCUCCGGAAAGACCGGCAAGUUUCUCUGCAGUGACUGGCUCGGUCUAGAGAACAAGCCCGACAUGAUUACACUCGGCAAGUCUAUCACUGGGGGAGCGUUUCCGGCGUCGUACGUUCUGGGUUACAACGAAGCUAUGUCGUUGGUCGGUUCAUUCCAAACUGGCGGCACAUUCACCAUGGCCCCUGCAGCGGUAGCAGCAACUAUGGCAGCACUGAAGAUCUACGACGAAGAAAAGCUGACCGAGAAGGCUUUGAUCAUUGAAGACAAGUGGAAGAAGGCCACCAGCCAGUGGAAUUACCCUUGGGUCAAGUACGUCACCUCCCGGGGUGCUGACAUGAGCAUCGCAAUGGAGCCGAAAUACGGCACGGUAACACCUCGCCGAAUCGCCCGACUUGCGUGGCAGAAAGGGUUGUUUAUCUACCCAACCAAGGCAGCCAUUCGUGUCCAUAUCGCACUGACCAUUACGGAUGAGGAGCUGGAGAAGGGACUGAAGAUCUUGACAACGGUUAUGGAUGAGAUUGAAUCAUACGGAGACAUUCCAGGAUCCACUCACCCGUCUGAUGACGACAAGCAUGGGGGGUAUUGA